AUGGCAGAGGAAAUUAUGUUUCACCAGAAACUAGCUCGUCACCACCUUGCGCCUCCACUGCUUUUCCGCUUCACCAACGGCCACGCCUACCAGUUCAUGGAAGGCGAGGCAUGCUCUGCCAGCGGAAUCACAGACCCUCUAAUCUGGCGAGGUGUGGCGAAAGAGCUCGCGCGAUGGCACACGCUGCUACCGGCUCCCCCGACCAACAGUAGUACGAUGGGUCCACUGCAUCAGGAGCACAACGUCUGGGCCACGGCAAGGAAGUGGCUCGAGGCCGCCACAGGAUCGGCAACAGAAAAGGAGGAGCUUCGCCUUGACCUUGACUACCUGGUAGAUAGGGUACUCGGGACCGACCCGCCAGGCCAGGCCCUGGUCUUGGGCCAUGGUGAUCUCCUGCCUGCCAACGUGAUUGUACAACAGGUCGCUCAAGGCGAGUCAAAUGGGUUGACCGCCUCCCGUAUUCCUCCGGGCAUUGUCAAAUUCAUCGACUAUGAACACGCGUGCUUCUGUCCGAGGGCCUUUGACCUGGCAAACCACUUUGCAGAGUGGGCCGGCUUCGAGUGCGACUACACCCGCCUCCCAACAAAAGCAACACGCCGGGAAUUCCUGCGUGAGUACCUGGCGGCCUGCAACCAAGCACGACCGGACCCUGGGCCCGCCGGGGUUCCCAGUGGCGAUGGGGCCGUCGGACAAGAACACUUCGAGUCCGAGCUGGCCCGCCUCGAGGCCGACGUGGACAGUUACCGCGGCUUCCCAGGCUUCUACUGGGGGCUUUGCGCCCUGCUCCAGGCCCACUCGGCCACUGGGACAAUCGAGUUUGACUACGCUGGGUAUUCGGAGACACGUUUCGCUGAGUUCCGCGCGUGGCGUGCUGAGGAUGAUGGCUCUCGCGUCGAGGCUGGCCUCGAUAUGCCUCUCUGGGAAGACCGAUGGGCAAGGGAAUAG